AUGUCAUGCAGGAAAUUCAUCAAGUCUUUCGUACAGGGUUUCCUUCCUGGACUAACUCUCAAAAUCUUCUUGUUCAUUCUUCCGAAAAUUUUAAUGAUUAUGUCAAAACUUGAGGGAUAUGCAGCAUUAUCAGUAAUAGAACGGAGAACAGCAGCAAAAUACUACUACUUUAUGCUGGUGAAUGUUUUCUUGGGGAGCAUAGUGACUGGAACAGCUUUUGAGCAACUUGAUGCUUUCCUUCACCAAUCACCUACACAGAUUCCAAGAACCAUUGGGGUAUCAAUCCCAAUGAAGGCUACAUUCUUUAUUACAUUUAUAAUGGUUGAUGGGUGGGCUGGAAUGGCUGGUGAAAUUCUUCGAUUGAAGCCUUUGGUCAUUUUUCACCUUAAGAACAUGUUCCUUGUGAAAACUGAUAGGGACAGAGAAAAGGCAAUGAAUCCUGGAAGUGUGGACCUUCCAGAAUCUCUCCCAAGUCUUCAACUGUACUUCCUUUUGGGUCUUGUGUAUGCCGUGGUUACUCCAAUCCUUCUUCCUUUUAUACUAGUCUUCUUUGCCUUUGCUUACUUUGUCUACCGUCAUCAGAUAAUUAAUGUUUACAAUCAACGAUAUGAGAGCGCUGCUGCCUUCUGGCCACAUGUUCAUGGUCGCAUAAUAGCAAGUGUGGUGUUAUCUCAACUUCUUUUGUUUGGUCUGCUGAGCACGAAAAAAGCUGCAAAUUCUACUCCAUUGCUUGUUGUGUUACCUGUCUUGACUUUAACCUUCCACAAGUACUGCAAGAACCGCUUUGAACCUGCAUUUAGAAAGUACCCCCUUGAGGAAGCCAUGGCAAAGGACCAACAGGAUCAUGCUGCCGAACCUGGCAUCAAUCUAAAAUCUUCCUUGGCUGAUGCAUACUUGCACCCGAUUUUCCACUCUUUCGAAGAAGUAGAUUUAGUUGAAGUCAAAGUUGAUAAAAACCAAAUUCACAUCCCUAGUCCGUCAGCAAAUGAACUCACUCCCCCAUCCCAACCCCAUUAUGCCAAUCAUCAUGAAGAUGAACCAUCUCAUAAUGUCCAUCAGCAAGAAGUUGGACCACCGAGUAAUUUAUCUCACGAUGAAGUUGAUUCCUCCAGCAUUGUGUAUCAGUAUGACAUCGAGUCACCCCACCAUGUCCAUCAUCACUGAUGUUGAUCCUUGAUUUACUUGGUAUUGAGUUGCUUCCAUAACACGAAGACCUAAUCAGCGUUUAAUUUGUCAAAUAGCUUAUCAUUGUCUAACCAUGUCACACGCUCGUUUGAAUUGUAAUUACUGUUUCCUCCUUUUAGUUGAAGAUGCAAGUGGGAUAGGAGCUUUUCUGGAAAAUCAACUAUAUACCUGCAUCAUGCUUCAUCGAGUUGUUGAAUAUUAACCAUAGGAUAUGUCAGCAUUUCGCCGUUGUUUCCUUGUUCUAUUAAGUUUCCUAUAUUGUGUUUGAAACUAGAAACAUUCCAAUGUUCUUCAAAUGUCAAUAUAUUGGCAUGGCUAGCUUACAUGGACUGUUUACCAGCAGCCAGAAUUCAACCUAUUACUUGUUUUGGUCCCCGGGCCUCG